AUGGCUGCUCCUUCUCCUGUAAGUAGCCUGCCCCCACAGUUUCGGAACCCGCCCCCACAGUUUCUGAACCGGCAAAGACCUGGUCUCUAUGUGGAUGAGAACCAGAGAUUCUGGAUGGUCUCAAGUCUGUUCUUCACUCCUGGCCUGUUUCCACUACAACCAACUCUACUCAGGUUUGGCACCUCUAUGACCAUCGUCUUAUGUCAGAUGAACCCCAUCAUGGGUUUUCCCCCCAUCCCCUUGAGUUUUUUCAGUCUUCCUACGAUGUGGCAGAAAGAAUUUUUGAUGUUUUACCGGGGAUCAGAUAACAAUCUCUGGAAAUUAGAGCAGCACAUCCAGUCUGGCUCCCUAGAGCAACUGGUCCUAAAGCUGGACGGCUAUGUCGGUGCCGAGUCUGAGGCUCCCCUGCUUAUCUAUCCCUCCAACCCUGAUAAGAGCUGA